UGCUAGGAAAAGCUUUCUGUGUAUACAGAACUUGAUAUUGUGUACAGUUAUUGUGUUGACAAAAUUUUCACUUCAGUUCUGUUCUCUAAUUCAAGGACGGUUCGGGAAAAAAAUCCGUUUUAUUACCUUUCUGGAUUUUUCAUAUUUUUUCUGUAAGACACGUAUUAGUUCAUUGCACUAAAUGAAAGUGCAAAAUCUCCUCUUUCUAAAAAUGUUAGCCUUAUAGUUUUCUGCCGUAUUAAAAAAAUUGGUGGCCUAAUUAGUAAUGUCAUGUCACAAAUUGAGUCAAAAAACCCCCACCCCCUCAGUCCCCUUGGGGUAGGCCCAGACAUCAUACUGAAUUCUUCCUCUAAGAUGUUCUGGAUGCGCAGUCUAUAUCACACUCGUCACAGGUUCUCUUAAGCUGACAUAUCCAUCUUUAGCCCUUCGUCAAUCGCUCGAACAAAGGGCUAACGCUGGAAAUGUCAGCUUUAGAAACUUCUGACGUUAGCCAAUUUACGUUAUCAACUCAGUUGAUAAUCAUCAUGUACUACCUCCUAGCGACGCAGCACCGCAGGUUUUAAAGAAAACAAACUUCUUCCUGUUCACACUUUUAACAGUUCCCCUGUACACUUUUGUUUCCAUGUUUUCCAACUGAAAUAGAAAUACGAAAAGAAAGUUUGAUACCGUGUAUCCAUAUGCUACAAGCUUAAUCAGAUCUCUUUUUACAAUGACAUUACAUGAAUUUGGAUGUUUACUGGUAUUUUACUCUCAUCUUAGAGUGUUUUCAUGGUCCAUUUAGUGAACAAGUUGUCAUGCUUAUCGAGAAACAUUUCGUAGACCGUCUUCGCAUUGUGCUCUGCUCAAUAUGGUAAGUGUUCCUUAUCUCUUAGAAAUGCGAUAUUUUCAAAAGAUUAAAAGCGAACAAUUAAGAAAAUUAGGGGAUUACUUAAUUUUGAAACAAAUUUCAAAUAUCAAAUGUUUUUUUUCUACGGUCUCGCGUAAGCAAGCUUUUAUAUUCUAUUCUCUUAAACAAUGCCUUGGGCACCAAUUGCGUUCGUGAAUCACAAUAAUUACUAACACUCAUGGGAAUUGUUAAAAGAUGAUUGGUCGUUGCACAAUGCACUAUUCUCUUUGAAAGUAGUGAAGUAGUGAAGUUUUGUUUAGUUGCGCGUAAGUGCGUGGAAUCUUAUUUUUUGUCAAUUUUGUGGAACGUUUUGUUCUGCUUUGGAGCUGCACAUCUUAAAUCAUCUCGAUUUUGUUGUAGAUUACUCAAAUACGAGAAGAAAUUGUUUUGUGGCAGGUUUACUCAAUAUUAAAGAGUGUGGAGAAAUCAGUAUCAAAGAGUGUGGAGCAAACUGUAUUGAGACUACAAGCGUUUCAAAUUGGCAUGGAGCAGUCGUCCUUAAAUCCAGCAACGUUGACGCCAGUGUCUUCGCCUAAGGAAGAAACGACCGGUUUGACCAUAAGACAAGUGGCGAAUGUAAAAAUCUGGGCUCACAGGCGGCGGAAAUCACUCUUCGUCCCACAGCGAUGUGAAACAGACUAUGGGAACGCUUUGUUGACGCAUGCAGACUUUCCGAAAGCCAGGGCAAAGUCGCUUUCUGCGUUAAAUCGUGACAGAAAGUUGCAAUUCGACAAGCAAAUGGCCCAUAAAAUGAUGGAACAGGUGCUGAACAUGGAGCUGUCGUUCAAAUCCUACGAUUUAAAAGAGUGUGAAAUUGCGUCGAAAAAGAUCGCCAAGACACUAAAUGAAAAACUGAGCAGCACAUUUGACCUAUCUGGCUGUAAAAUGAUCUGUUUGUGCUAUAUCACAAAGCGUGCCAAACCUUCCUUGGCGAUAGACAGUGGCUGUGCGUGGGAUGAAAUGAAGAGCACUGUGGAAAAGGACGCGUUCGUGGAUUACGUUUACAAAAAUCAAACAAUUGUUGCCGUUGCCUCCGUUUUUGUUAUUUCUUGCCGCAGGUUUCCCACGAGGAAAGUGGUAUUGGACAACCUCUACACUCAAGGCACAUCAGUACCUAAGGCAAGGAGUGCCGUCAUGUCAGAGCCAGCUCGUAGAAGUCACGAAUCAAGCGACAGAAUGUUUGGCGUCCCACCUCCGAGGAAAGAUGAAUGGGUGGGUUAAGAUUCAUAUUUCUGUGAAUCGAUGAGGAGAAACGGAAUGGUUUUCGUGAGCAUGCAAAUGGAAGGAAUAUACCACACCAUAGCAUAUCGAGGUUUUAUCUUUAUCACUACGAAUGCAUGGAGCUUAUUUCUAAGACAUCGCAUCGUUGUAUCAGUGCCUUUUCGAGACUUUGAAAGCCUCUGUUUAGAUACUAAGCUCUUUAAGAUAUCUGGGCUCUUCAUAUAUUGGUCAUUAAAAUAAUAUGAAAAUCAUUAACGAUUUUUGCAUUUUUAUGAAGCAUCAAAACAGAAAACGCAAUCGCUUGCUGAAAAACGCAACGACGCUUUGUGGUGUUGUUUACUUUGUGUGUGGGCUUGUACGUGCCUUGAUUAUCAUUAGAGUCCUUUAUUCUCUUCACCAUGAAAACGUGUUUUGUUAUCAAGUGCCACUUAGGACUUAAUUAGACGUCCCUCUGGGUAAAUAGAAGAAUCCACACUAAAAUAGCCUCAUCAUUCAAUAGUUUAAUAACUUUAUCUUCAGUGACGUCAAAGAUAUCUAAAAUGGUUGCUGACUUUUCACUUGGGACUGUUUACAUUUGUAGGGGUAUUGCACAAUUAUGCAUGUAAAUAGGAAUACAUGAAGUGCUUAACGAAAAAGCGUUCUCCGCACAUUGUGAGUAUUCGAGACUAUAUUGACCAAAUAUUAAACUUUAGUUUUGAGAACGAAAAGAACUAUGGAAGGACCUUUAUGAAAUAACCAUAGUCAAAUAGUGCGGCUGAAUUUCGUUCCAGUCAUCACUAAAGCAAGAAGGAGUAAGAGGCGUACAAGCGAAUCGAGAAAGCCGUUUCUUUUUCCACAGAAAACUUUUUAUCUUGUUUUUUUGCUCAAGUUUUAUUGAAAGCGUUUUACGUUUUCUUUCAAUAAGGCAGGAAAUAUUUCUUUCUCUCGCUCUCUUGUACCUCAAAAAUUGCAUGUGUUUGGGAAGUUGCAUUAAAGCGACUGCAUCUCGUGAGUUA